AUGGAUGACGAAAAAGGCAACGAGGAGAGCCAAGUCGCAAGAGAAGUGAUCGAUAGAUACUCCCUCUUCACGACAGCAGAAAAAUGGUGCAUCAUCGGUAUGGUCGCUUACGCAGCAUGGUUUUCAACUUUGAGCAGCUUCAUAUAUUUUCCGGCGCUACACCUUCUCUCCGAGACCUUUGGGGUCUCAGUAGCAAAAAUCAACCUGACAAUCACUUCGUACAUGGCAAUUGCAACCAUUGCACCGACACUGGUUGGAGACGCGGCGGAUGUAGGGGGUCGCAGGCUCGUAUAUGUGAUUACACUCAGCCUGUACAUUGGAGCCAAUAUCGGCAUUGCUCUGUCUAAGUCUUAUCAUGCCCUCCUUGGCCUUCGCGUCCUACAGGCUUUGGCAAUUUCUGGCAAGCUUGUCCCACUAAUAUCUUUAGGCACCUUUUCAAUUGCGUAUGGGGUAGUAAAUGACAUUGCUUCACCCGCUGAAAGAGGCUCUUUUGUUAGUGCGAUAUCUUUUGCCAUAACAAUUGCUCCAAGCAUCGGGCCCAUACUAGGAGGCGUCCUCACCUACGCCGCUGACUGGACCUGGAUCUUCUGGUUUCUGUCCAUCGCCGCCGGAAUCGGCCUGACAACAAUGAUCUUCCUCCUCCCCGAGACUUCUCGGAACCUCGUAGGGAACGGAUCAAUCAGACCGGCAAAGUACUUGCGACUGCCUAUAUGUGGGCUGAUGCGCCACUGGAACGAAAGUGAUGUUACUGAAAACCAUAAGUGGAGAACUCCAAAUCCUUUCAAGUCUCUGAAGAUACUUGCGAGGAAGGAUAAUAUAGGGAUUAUCAUCGCGUGUGGGUUCCUUUAUACCGUCUACACUUGUCUCAACGUCUCGCUGUCAAUCUUGUUCAUUGACAUUUACAAGCUCAAUCAGUGGCAAGCGGGCUUGAUAUACCUUCCAUUCGGUAUUGGCGGGACCGUGUCCACGUUCUUCUCUGGCCCGCUUCUGGAUACCGCAUACCGCAAUGCUAGGACAGCACGGGGUCUGCUGACAGACAAGGCGGUAGGCGAUGACCUGGAUAACUUCCCGGUCGAAAAGGCGCGCCUCGGUGUCAUAUGGAUACCGAUGCUUCUUACAGCAGCCUCCAUUUUGACAUUCGGCUGGGUCUUGCACUUCCACAAACACAUAGCCAUUCCACUCUGUAUCCAAUUCAUUGUAGGAUUGUGCAUGCAGCUCGAUUUCAGCAUCUACAACACCCUCCUAGGCGACAAGAACCACCGAACACCAGCAGCAGCUCAAGCUUCUAGUAAUAUCGUCCGCUGCACAUUCGCCGCCAUUGCAAUAUCGUUUCUGCAAGGUUUAAUAGAUACGAUAGGUAUCGGAUGGACUUUCACGAUCCUGAGCGGCAUGUGUUUACUUGCUAUGAGCCUGUUUCUUUUGGAUUACUGGAAAGGGACGAGGUGGAGACAGGAGAGCUUGCGCCGCUUGACGGAGUGA